AAGUUCGCUUCGCAUUGGUGUGGAUCGGUGUGUAUCGGUAUAUAUCUCGAUGCACGAGCAGUUCGUGAGAAGGAUAGAUCGCUCUUGAGAGUUUUCAUUCGAAAGCAAAGUAUUUGAACACCGUUUGCAAAUCCGUUCGCCUGUUCGUUCGUCAAUUGUUUUCAUAUAUGGCUUCAUAUUCAUAUAUGUCUUCAUUUGAAGAACUGGAACAAUUGGAUAGCGGCAUGGGCAGUAGCGACGCACAUUCUCCCGAAGUGAAAUCUCUUCUUCCCGACGGCGAGGAUGACGAAGAGGAUGAAAGUCUCGUGGAGAGGCUAGUAGGGCUCACAGAAAUGUUUCCAGAGGAAGUACGUAAUUUUGGAUACAACGUUGGGACUUGUUUGCACGCUUGUAUGGAAGGGCUCUAUGGAUUUUCCUGCUCAGCAGCAUGGUUGUUCUUCAGCUCAUCGGCUAUUCUAUUCGCCCCUAUACUAUUCGAAAUGGAGAGAGCUCAAAUGGAAGAGGUGCAACGUACACAACAGAAACAAGUUCUGUUGGGACCUAAUACAGCUAUGUCAAACAUGAAUGCCUCAAGUCUCCCAAUGGCUCCACCUGUGCAACGAUAAUAGCGAUAUUAACAUUGUAUUCAGUUUGCCACAACUCGAACGUUUUGUUCGUCAUUUAUAUUUAUUAGAGUAACAAUUCCACCAUAUUUUAACCUUUCACCGAAAUGCACACAUGUAUGGGACAUUGUAUCUUCUUCAUUAGGGAUCAUGAAUGAAAUGUAAAAUUUCAGCUGACUAAACGGUUCAUUCGUAAUUAAUCGUUCUGCUAGAUUUUUGUUGUUCUUCACUCCUUUCAGGAAGGAUACUAUGUUUUACCAAAACGCAUUUAUUGAUUUGUUCUCCCGGCAUUUACACGAAAAGGGAAUCUGAAUAUUCGUUACCGAGUAACUAAAAUUAUAUCAUUCGAGUAUUUGUAUAAUUUAUUGUUGCUAAAUGUAAUUGUUAAAUCGGAUCGUCGUGUACGGUCCUAGUAUAUUAUCCGUUACUGUAAUACGCAAAGUCAAAAUAAACUUACAGCGAAUACAAUGUUUAAUUGCUAGGUUUUUAAGUUUGUAGUCGGUCUUAAUAAAUUGAUUUUAUUUAUA